AUGGGUCGAAACCUGAAAAACGUUGUGGUUGUCUCUUUAGGAUUUCUCUCCUUGUUUACUGCUUACGGAAGCCUCCAGAAUCUGCAGAGCAGCCUGAAUUCUGAGGAGGGGUUGGGCGUGGCCUCUCUGAGCAUCAUUUAUGCGGCCCUGAUUCUGUCCUCCAUAUUCCUUCCACCAAUCAUCAUCAAGAACCUGGGCAGCAAGUGGACCAUUGUCGUCUCAAUGGCCUGCUAUGUCACCUAUUUCCUCAGCAACAUCUACCCUUGCUGGGCUACACUGAUCCCCACGUGCGUCAUCCUGGGCCUGGGCGGUGCUCCGCUGUGGUCAGCGAAGUGCACUUACCUGACCAUAAGCGCCAACCAGGAGGCGGGAAGAAACAGCAGCAGAGUGCGCCACCUGGUCAACCAGUACUUCGGCAUCUUCUUCCUGCUGUUCCAGUCCUCGGCGGUGUGGGGAAACCUCAUGUCGGCCCUCAUAUUAGGCCAGGAUUCAAACAGGGGGGUCGCGGUCCUGGCUAUGGUUUUGGUGGCGGUGUUUCUGGACGACAUAGACAGAGAGGCAGCCCAGGCUUACAGGAAGAAGCGGGAGCCGAUGAGCAGGGAGUUCCUGGCCACGUUCAGACACCUGAAGGACAAGCGGCAGCUUCUGCUCGUCCCGCUGACCGUAUACAGCGGGCUGGAGCAGGGCUUCCUCUCCGGAGACUACAACAAGUACUAUGUGACCUGUGCGUUGGGGAUAUACUUUGUGGGCUACACCAUGAUUUGUGCUGGUGCCACAAACUCCCUGUGCUCCCUGGCCUUUGGGAAGCUGUCUCAAUACACUGGAAGAGUUGCCCUGUUCAUUUUAGCUGCGGUGCUCAAUUUUGCCUGCAUCAUUGCUUUCCUGCACUGGAGGCCUCACCCUGGCCAGCUGCCCAUCUUCUUUGUGUUUCCUGCCCUCUGGGCGAUGGCGGAUGCGGUGUGGCAGACGCAACUCAAUGCGCUGUAUGGGGUUGUCUUCCCUGACCAGAGUGAGGCAGCCUUCUCCAACUAUCGGAUGUGGGAGUCUACAGGGUUCGUGAUCUCCUUUGCUUACAGCAACUUCCUGUGCGUGAAUGUCAAGCUGUACAUUCUGAUUGGCUCUCUCCUGGUUUCCAUGGCGCUCUAUGGCUGGGUGGAAUAUGAAGAAUGGCAGAAUUCUCCUGCGGGGGCCCAGAAGUGUGAUGUCAUAAGUGAGGAGGACAGAGAGGACAGGGAGAUGACAGCAUGAGACUCCAU